UAUCCUUUGACUUUACAAAAUAACCUUGUCAACGUUUAAACACGCACGCAACGCUCGCCAUAACGUACUAGAACUGUUCCGUCUGUUCUAACGCUAUAUCACAGCAUAGCCGCGUCCUGUUCUUACCAGGAUCCCUAAACCUCGCCAAUCAAUUGUGCUAGACUCGCACUGAUCCCGUGAUGGCCGAGAAUGCUCUAGAUGCAGAUGCCAAUGCAGAUUCAAGUGCGAAUGGCCCCGCCCGAAGGGCCUCCAGCGUUGGCUUUCAACUAGGGCGGCAUUCAUCUUCAAAUGCGCGCAUAAAUGGGAUACUUGAGAACGCUCGUGAACGCGCCGAAUCAAUGGCUGGUCCCUCGCCUACCAAUCUCUCACCCCGGCCCGCCGGCAGUCCCAUCCUCCCGCCCAACUCGUCGCUCAAGCCGAGCCCUGUCAAUGAGGACAGCAGCGCCGACGAGGCUACUGGAUUCAUAUCUCAUACGCCGCCUCUCAAUUACAACUCGCUCAAUGUUACAAGUACCGCAACCUCGGUCCCACAAAUCCGUAAACCAUCCUUACGUCAGCGACCAUCUUCCCAACAAAACAAUGGCGCUGCCCAGAACCCUGAGACGACUCGGCAAGCCAGUUCAGAGAAUGGAAAUACGUCGUGGUGGCAGACUCAGGCAGAAAAGUUCCAGUCGAUAGAGCUGGAGAACAAAGGCAGCGUUGCCCGAGAUCACCUCGCAAUCGAACGAACAUUUCUGGCAUGGCUACGCACCUCUCUUAGUUUCGCAUCGAUAGGCAUAGCAGUGACGCAGCUUUUCCGCCUGAAUACGUCUCUCGAAAGCGGACAUGGCGAUAAUUCUCGCAGUAACACCCAGACACUACGACACAUGGGCAAGCCUCUCGGCACCACAUUCCUCGGUAUCAGCAUACUGAUUCUCUUCCUUGGCUAUAAACGCUAUUUUCAAUCUCAACACUGGGUUAUGCAGGGCAAGUUUCCUGCUAGUCGUGGUACAAUCAUGAUUGUUGCGUUUGUUGCUUUGGCGAUCAUGGUUGCCUCUCUUGUGGUCGUGAUUGCUAUACACCCGUCCGAGCAUGAGCUAUAAGUUUUCGUCUCCACGUGUAGUAUAAUAUGUCCUCAUUUGGAUUACUUCUAAUAUUGCAUUGUUUGCGCUGGAGCCAUAAUUUUCCUGCUUAUCGCAAGAGGUUUGGUUUUGACGCGGCACGUUUAUGUGGGCUUUACAUCAUGACUUGAUACCAGAGGAGUAUUUGUAUGUAUGAGCUCUCUUAGUAUGGGUUAUAGGCUGGCGUAUAUAUAGAUAUUUGAUAUGAGAGACGCCAACUAAUGUCAGUAUUAUUUUAUGGGUAAUUGGGUACCUUUGAGCUCUCAUGAUAGCAAAUAUCAUGACUUCGCCCGAAGUAGGUAGUCAGAUAACUAACGUCAGGGCGGGCUAUGGCGGGGUCUGCCUGAUCAUGGAAGCUCCCCACCAAACAUCCAAUCCCACCUCGCAUUCUGCUC